CGCGUUUUUAGCUUCCGGCCGUGGUAAAUAGCACAAAUAACGCUUUUAAAUUAAGUUUUAUAUCAUUUAAAACAUGGCUGACUUUGGGUUUGCACGAUUUGGGGAUGAUGAAGAAGAUGAUGAAGAAGAAACUGAAUUUCAGUUUCGGUAUGGGGGCCGUGAUGGUCUGAUUUUUCUUAUUGACUGUUCCAAGAAGAUGUUUGAUCCUGAUGCUGGUGAUGAAAGUCACUUUCAACUUUGCAUGAAGUGUGUGAUGACCACCAUGCAGAACAAGAUUAUUGGGAGUGACAAAGACCAUGUUGGUGUUGUUUUCUUUGGAACUGAAAAAUCUGAGAAUCCCAGUGAUUUUAAACACAUUUACAUUUAUCAGACUUUAGAUCAGCCUGGAGCCGAGAGGAUUUUAGAUCUAGAAGAAAUGCAAGAAAAAGGCUACAAGAAGUUUGGAACGAAGUACGGGCACAGUCCCGACUACUCGCUGAGUGAAGCACUGUGGACCUGUGCCACCAUGUUUUCCAACAGUGCUAAGGCUAUUAACUCAAAGCGCAUUCUGUUGUUCACAAACAAUGACAAUCCUCAUGUGGGAAACAAACAGCUUCAGCGUCAGGCUCGAACUAAAGCUGCAGAUUUAAAUGAAACAGGAAUUGAGCUGGAGCUGAUGCAUCUUCAGAAACCUGGAGAGCAGUUCGACAUCACCAAGUUUUACAAGGACCUUCUGUUCACAGACGAUGACGAACUGACCGAGUUAGCUGACCCGGCUGAGAAACUGGAAGAACUGCUGACCAGAGUAAGAACGAAAGAUCACAAAAAGCGAGCACUACGGAAAAUCCCAUUUUCAUUAGGAGAAGAUCUUAACUUUUCUGUUGGAGUGUACAACUUGGUACGUAGUUGUCCAAAACCCUCCGGUGUCCGACUCUCGAGAAGCACCAAUGAAGAACUGAAGAGUCACAGUAAAACAUACCUUGUGGAAACGGGAGAGACUUGCUGGAAUGAGAAAUAUACAUUUUGUUUCAUGACACCACUAGAGUAUGAUAAUGCGGUCACAGAGAUCAAGAGGUUUGGUAAAUCAGGUUUAACUCUUAUGGGUUUUAAACCUCGGAGCAAGAUCAAGAAACACUAUCAUGUUAGACCAGCAUCCUUCAUAUACCCAGAUGAAAAUACCAUUGCUGGGAGCACCACAUUAUUUACAGCCCUACUUAAGAAGUGCCUGGAUAGGGAUGUUGUCCCAAUCUGCAAGUUCACUCCCAACAAAAACAGCCCUCCCAAGUUUGUUGCCCUGAUUCCACAGAAAGAAGAAAUUGACGAGCACAAUGUCCAAGUCACUCCGCCCGGGUUUCAUCUAAUAUUUCUACCCUUUGCCGACGACUUCCGCAAAGUCAAGAUUGAAGAUGUACCACGAGCCACGACAGAACAGAUUGACAAAGCAAAGGAAGUGGUCAAGAAGCUAGCUUUCAACUUCAGCAGUGAGAGUUUUGAGAAUCCCGUUCUUCAGAAACACUGGAGGAACAUAGAAGCCCUGGCAUUGGACCAAGAUGAGCCUGAAGAAAUGAUUGAUUACACAUUGCCUAAUGAAACAAAGAUGGCUAAGCGAGCUGGAAAGAGUAUAGACGAGUUUAAGGAUCUUGUGUUCCCAGCUGACUAUGUUCCCGGGGCAAAGAAAAGGGCAGUACCUAGUGAAUCGGCCGCUGCGAAGAAGGCCAAGUUAGCCGAGUCGAUGGUUGACAUCGACAUAAAGGCUGAAGCACAGGCAGGAAGGCUGGGCAAACUGACGGUGGCAGUGUUGAAAGAAGCAAUUAAAAAAGAGAAAAUUCCUUCAACUGGGUCAAAGAAAGCCGAUCUUAUUGAUGCCAUUAAUAAAUACUUUGGAGUAGCAUAAUCGGACAUUUUUACAGUGAAAAUGUGUUAUAUGAUAUGUGUAUGUCAAUUAUAUUACUUCACACUGUUACGACAGGUCUCGGGUGUGUUGAGAAAGGCAGCAAAUAAAAGUAAAACUUAAUCAAAAUAUGUUCGCACAGCAGUCAUUGAAAAACAUUAAGAUGUGUUGCAUUUAGUUAGGUUUCUGUUGAAAAAAGGAAUUACAAAAAUAGAGGUUGGGAAAAUAUUUCAGGGCAAUGAUUAUGAUUUAGAUAACAAUUGGGGGGUUUUCUGUUUAGAGCAGUCAAUUUCUGUUUUUGAAUUGAUGGUUGGUCAUUUGCAUUUUUCACAUCAUUGGUGUCACAACUGAAACUUUAUUCCCAUAUUAUUAAAACCAAUAAAACUUUUUUGUUACA